GUUAAGCAAGAGCUUAGCGCACGAUGAGGCCAAUCAAAUACAUCCAUGGAUGAAUUUUAGUAGACAUCGCGCGCUAAGGUUCGGAUGUCGUGACAUUGUCGUCUUUAUCUUUCAAUAUAAGUGCCUGGUUUUAAAGUACCCGGUACCUAGGUAGGUUGCAUCCGACGGUACUGUGGCUUUAAUUGAUAAGGAUCGAUGAUUAGUUAAUCUUAAUUUAUGUAUGCCGACCUUCCGAUCUGUCUCUCUACCCGAACCGGAUCUUGAACCCGAACAUCGUCAUAUGCACUGAGGCUACCUGGGUUGGUAGGACUCAAUCGAUCACUUCUGUUAACGGGUAACACUUGGACGUUACCUACGAUUAACCUCACUGUGGUUUUGAUUUAAACGCAAAUUAGCGCAUCUUGUUGAUCAUCGCUCAUCAGCCUUACCAGCCCUAUCGGCGCCUAUUAGUACAAUACCACAUCCUGCAUACCUAGGUGUCAGAUUGUGCGCACAUAUAUACAACGUGUGGCAUAUACAUACGAGGCGUAACUUAAACCAAAAUGAGUAGGCGAGAGCUUACUCCUGUCCUUUUCCUUGAUGGGGGGUUGGGCACAUCUCUGGAGGACAACUAUGGUGUCAAAUUUGGCAAGCAUACUCCUUUAUGGUCAUCACACCUCCUUGUGGAUGACCCCGACACUCUUCGCACGUGUCAGAGGGACUUUGGGAACGUCCCCGUUGAUAUCUUGUCUACGGCGACAUAUCAAGUAUCUGCAGAGGGCUUUGCGCGAACCAAGACCUCGGACCACCCACAUGGCAUCAGUCGCUCUGAAAUCCUGCCAUUUCUCAACCUUGCUAUUUCUAUUGCCGAGGAGGUCAAGGCCCCUGAAGCUCGCGUUGCCUUAAGCCUCGGGUCGUAUGGAUCCUGCAUGGUUCCAAGUCAAGAGUAUAGCGGUAAAUACGACGGCGAACAUGACUCGAUAGAACAACUUUGUGACUGGCACCGGGAUCGCAUUGGCCUAUUCAAUCAGAUCGACCGUCUUGAAUCUCGCGUCGGCUUCGUUGCGUUCGAAACUGUUCCAAAAUUGAUUGAAAUCAAAGCCAUUCGGAAGCUUUUCACCCAUGCUCCAUCAUCUAGCUCAAAUGCACGCCCCAUUCUCCACGGGAGUCUUCCAUUUUGGAUCUCUUGCGUGUUUCCCAACGAUGAUUAUACUCUUCCUGAUGGCAGCGAUAUCGAUCAAGUGGUCGACGCAAUGUUGGAUCCAGAUGCUUCGGACGUUUUCCCGUGGGGAAUCGGUAUCAAUUGCACAAAAAUAAACAAACUGCCUGAACUAGUUCGCAUGUAUUCAACUGCUGUUUCUAGGUUGGCAAAAGCCGGUCGGCUUACGGCACAGCCCAGUUUGGUUCUUUACCCAGAUGGGACGAACGGCGAAGUCUACGAUACGACAACAAUGACUUGGCAUGCGCCGAAUAACCAACAGAAAUCCAUGGUGAGUCUCAUUAUAAAAGGUAUUGUUAUUAUCUUAUCGAACAGGGAGGCUGAAUGUGUAGCAGACUUCAUGGGAGCAUCAACUUGCUGACGUGGUUACGCUCGCUCAAAGCCAUAAUUGCUGGAGUUCGAUUGUGGUUGGUGGGUGCUGUAAAGCAACCCAUACCGAUAUCGCCAAGCUACGCGCCACUUUUUCGUAACAUAUCAUUAAAUUUCUUAAAGAGGUUCCACAGCGAUCAUGUUCCUCACCAUUCGGCUGGGUUCCGUUAUGCGCAAUCAACUACGAAAUAUUAAAAAUAAAGAUAUCUCGGUGGGCAGAACAGGGCGAUAAACAACAUUACUGUGUAGUCACGCACAGUAUAUCGCUACAUGCUACAUAGCACGAAAAUUCUUCAAGCAACCCAUGAACUGAUGGAUACAUGGGUGGGUAGGUAAAUAUUUACCUUUUAGGUACUUAGAGAAUCCUUCAAGAGGACAAGACUCCGACAAGACCGUUGUAAUGUUACAUGGAAUAAUCACAAGUAACCAAAAUUCAUAACUCCACCAUCCAAG